UCCUCGCUUAUUCUUCAAAUAAUUUCAUCAAUUUUUCUCUGCUCAACCAUAACAGAAUCAAUGGAGAUCUCCGGUGUAAUUUCAAGGUCAUUUUACGGCGUUGGAAUUGAUAAGGUAUCUGUGAAAUCUAGAAAGUUUUCUGGGAUCUCAAGGAGUUCUGCGUUUUUGGAGAAUGGGCAUCUUCAAUAUUAUGUUUCUCCUCCAAUGUCUGGUUUAAAGAAUAAAGAGAAGAAGGAGAAGAAGAAUUUAGAGAUGGGAAUUAUUAAGAAGAAGUUGAAAUUGGUUAAAGGGUUAUCGAAGAACUUAUCCAUGUUUGAGUCAAUGGGGUUUGGAUUAGAAAUGGAGAAUGGUUUGAUUUCUCAGGUCAAAGGAAAGAAUCUAGAGAAAGCGUCAGAGAUUUUAAUGGCACAAUUGAAACAAUUAAAAGCAGAGGAAAAGGAAAUGAAAAGGAAGAAGAAAGAAGAAAAAGCUAAACAGAAGUCAAUGAAGAUGAAAACAGAAUCGUCUUCGAGUUCCUCAGAGUCGAGCGAUAGCGAUUGCGGUGACGUUGUUAACAUGAAAUCCCUUAGAAUUAACACUACAACAGAAUCGAAAGUUGGUAUAGAAGGAGAAUCGACUAGCCCAAUUAGCUCAUCAAUCCAAGAGAUUGAAAUUGGGAGCUCUAGACAAGAUUGUUGUGCUGAAAGUACUAGUUGUUGUAGUUCUUCUGGGAUUGGUGCUACAGCUAAUACAAGUACUCUUCAAAGAAGCUCAGCAACCGUGAUGGCAACACUAGAUGGAGAAAGGAUUGAGGUAUGCAUGGGAGGCAAGUGUAAGAAAUCAGGAGCUGCAGAAUUAUUACAGGAGUUUGAGAAAAGGGUUGGUGGUGGCAGUGUUGCAGUUGUUGGGUGUAAAUGCAUGGGUAAAUGUAGAGAUGGUCCUAAUGUUAGGGUACUGAAUCAAUGCAAUGGGGAAAGGACAACAAUGGUGGAGGAAAUUAAAGCUCCUCUAGUGACUAAUCCUCUGUGUAUUGGAGUUGGUUUAGAAGAUGUGAGUAUGAUUGUUGCUAAUUUCUUUGGGAAUCAAGAGAGAAAUGAUUUGGGGGGUUUAAUGGCCCCUGCUUGAUAUGAAAGGAUUCCUGUCCUUUUUUCUCUAAACUGUGUCAAUAUUCUCAUAUUUAUCAAUUCGUUUGAUAAUAUAUAAAUCAGUGGUUCUUUUACUAG